AUGUGGUUAGAGAUCAGCGACACAGCCGCUGCUGACCUCUCCCUCUCUCUCUCUCUCUGUGUAUCAGGGGGUGAUGCCACUCACGAAACACUGCUCUUACAUGGACCUUUCGCUCGGAAACCCAAACGCAUCCGCACCGCCUUCUCCCCGUCCCAGCUCCUGAGGUUGGAAAAGGCGUUUGAGAAAAAUCACUAUGUGGUGGGAGCUGAGAGGAAACAGUUGGCGGGCAGUCUGAGCCUGUCCGAAACCCAGGUGAAGGUGUGGUUUCAGAACCGCAGGACUAAAUACAAGCGUCAGAAGCUGGAGGAGGAGGGUCCAGAGUGCGGGCCGAAGAGGAAGGGAUCGCACCACAUUAACCGCUGGCGUCUGGCCACACGCCAGCCCAGCCCACAGGAGGUGGACGUCACUUCUGAGGACUGAGCCCCCAGGACUGUACGCCAACCCACAGCACGCAAGCUGCACCGCGCACAUGCGUGUGCUGGCAAACGCCGGGAUGUUAUAGCGACACACCACCUGUACACCACACCCACGCACAAACACUCACACAAACUCACACAC